GCGCACGCGCGAGUGUGUUUAUCUCCUCGUCUGUGCGCGUAUCUCGGAGAAAAGGAGGGGAGAGGCUGAGCUAGUGUGAGAGAGCGCCUCGUUGUUAUUCUGAUCACAGGCUCCUCUGAUUCACAGACUUGGAGCCGAUCGUGAAUAUAAGAGAAGACUUUUGACGUCAGAGUAGAGAUAUAUCAGCAGACCCAAAGGGGGAAAAGAAUAUUAAGAGCAAUUCGGUUGGCAGAGACCUGCCAGCGUUAUUAGCCAUGUUAACCAGAGAGGGAAGCCUUAACUCCGAGGACUGAGAAGGAUUUAGCAGGGAGGACAACUGACCAAAGAAUUGGAAACCAAGUGAUGCUCCGUCACCCUACAGCAGCUGCAGCAGCAAUGGAAGAGCACUUGCUGCUGCAGCAGCAACGUCUGCAACAGCAGCAGCAGCAACUCUUAGUGCUCCUCAAUGCCUCCUCCCGGCCCUUCGCCAGCCUCUGGCCGCCGUCUGGCACCUCUGCCGCCGCGGGGAGCCCUUUGGAUCUGUCUCCGGCGUCAGGAGCGGGAGAGGAGGCGAGCGGAGCCGCGGGCAGCGGAGAACCCACAGUCGCCGGGGAUGUGGCCGCGGCGGUCAACCCGUGGGACAUCGCGCUGUGCGCCACGGGCACGGCGAUGGCCUGCGAGAAUGCCUUGGUGCUGGCGGUGCUCUUCUACACGCCCAGUCUGCGCGCACCCACGUUCCUGCUCAUCGGCAGCCUGGCCCUAGCGGACCUGCUGGCCGGCCUGGGGCUCAUCGUCAACUUCAGCGUGCAGUACCUGCUGUCCUCGCCAAGCGAGACUGCCCUGCUGAGCGCCGCCGGCCUGCUGCUGGCUGCCUUCUCCGCCUCGGUGUGCAGCCUGGUAGCUAUCACCGUCGAUCGGUACCUGUCGCUCUACAACGCGCUGACUUACCACUCGGAGCGUACGCUGACCUUCACGGCCGCUAUGCUGCUGCUUGUCUGGCUGCUCUGCCUGGGCAUCGGACUCCUGCCCCUGCUAGGCUGGAACUGCCUGCGGGAACCCGGCACCUGCAGUGUCCUCCGACCCGUUACCAAGGAUAACGCCGCGGUGCUGGCCGUCGCUUUCCUGCUCCUCUUCGCGCUGAUGCUGCAGCUCUACCUGCAGAUCUGCAAGAUUGCCUUCCGGCACGCCCAGCAGAUCGCCGUCCAGCAUCAGUUCAUCGCUACCGCUCAGGCCACCUCCACCCGCAAGGGGCUCUCCACGCUCUCGGUCAUCUUGGGCACCUUCGCCCUCUGCUGGAUCCCGUUCGCCAUCUAUUCCCUGGUGGCGGACUCCAGCUACCCGGCAGUCUACACAUAUUCUUUGGCCCUGCCGGCAGCGUGCAACUCGCUCAUCAACCCCAUCAUUUAUGCCUUCAGAAAUCCGGACAUCCAGAAAUCCCUCUGGGUGGCCUGCUGCGGGUGCAUCACCUCCGGCUUCUCCUCUCGGCCCAGGACAUCCAGCGACGUAUGACAAGGGUCUAUGGUUGCCUUUAUGGUUUUGGAAUCUCUCUCUCUCUCUCACUUUCUCUCUCACUCUUACUCUUUCUCCUCCUUUCCCCCUUCCUCGCCUUUGUAUGAUCCCCCAGCACCAGCAGCUGCAGCAGGGGGGGGGGAGAGAAAACAUAACGGGGGAGGCGAGGAACCCCUACCCAACCUUCUUAGGAAAAGAAAGCAGGGUGUCAGUGUCAAGGCUCUCCAGAUGGUUAUUUUCUUAUGCCUGGUUUUAUUUGGAUAAACCAUACACAAGUAAGAUGUGCCUGACAUGCUCCCCCCUCCCUCUCCCCGCAAGCGACCGGGCGAUAUUUUAAUUUUAUUGUUUCUUUGUGUUUAGGGAGGGAGGCGUGGCGAAAGACUCGGACAUUUGCCAAAAUCUGUGGCCAAUGUGGAAUUCAUCCAAGCGUAAACUGCAAGAUAAUGUUUCGAAACACAACAAAUCUUGUUCUGCUUUCUUGAUUCACUUUUUUGCCUCUAAAAUUUCUUCUCCUUUGAUUGAAAGCAGGAUUCUCAGGAAAGGCGUUUGCGGGGAGCAGGCGGGGAUAUCUUCUGCUUUUCUUUUCUUUUUUUAAAAAAAGUUGCCUGAUUUUAUUCUGCGGGUACAAGUUUUUUUAAAAAUGGGUCAUGUGAAUUCAGCCUUUGAGUUUCUUGUAGUUAGUCGUGGAAACUGGAGCGUAAGAGGAGGUUUUGCCUCGACUCCGAGGUCUAGGGCAGCUCAGGGCUCUUCUCUGAACGAAGCACACAUUUUCGAAACAGGGCGUGAGGGUAAGCGCGGGAGCAGGAAGUCAGACGCAAACAGUUAAAUGUUUGCUUCCCUUUAUUAAUGUCAAAUAUAAAAUAGCAAAAGGGGGAGGGGAAGAGCCAAACCAAAAUGAUAAACAGUUUGCAGGAAUAUUUCCAGAGAAAAACGUGGGCUGCUCCGUUUGGAGUUUCCAUUUUUAUCCUAAUCAAGUUUUGAUCCUCUAUGCAAUAUCAACAGUCGUUUAAAAACAAAGAAACCGAGACAUCGUGGGACGAGUGGAAUCUGCCAGAUUCCUUCUCAUCCCAAAGACGUGUCAGCACCAUCAGGACUGGACAGCUCCGCGGAAGUCGCAACCAAACAAACGCUACUCGUGUAGAGAGAGACUUAUUUAAAAAGCACACGGGCUUCUGUUUUGGAAAAAAAAAAGACAGCGUGUAGUGUGGAUUUAUUAGCCCCGGGCAAAGGAGAUGGACCUGUUGAAUCAGAUAAAAGUAAUUGCCAUUCCUCGUCAUUGCCUCCCCACCUUCCCUCCAGCCCUCAUAAAGAUUGCACAACUCAACAACUCAUGAGUUGACUGAGAAGGUUGAAUGGCUGUUCCAUUAUUCUGCUGUGGAGCUAGUACUCUAAGGGGAAUGAACACACUUUAAAUUCGUGUAUCACCGUGUAAUACACCGUGUAAUACCGUGUAAUAGUUAUAGAGUAACUAUUUAUUUCCUCCAAAUUUAUUUAUUUAUUUGGACUUAAAAGUGACCCGAGAUAAUUGGGGCUACAUAGACUGACCUAAAAUGGAAAGGAAAGAGCAGAUAUGGGAGAAUAGGGUUGAUAUGAUUAGGAAGCCCAGUUAGUUAACUUUAAGUUUUAAGGAAGAUGAGAGGUACUACUCUGCAAAAAUACCAACCCUAUUUAGUAGGAGGGAAGAAGAUGAGAGACUGGGGCCUUCAGCUUCACCAGUCUUAUUGUUCUGCAUACCUGAAGCUACUAAAGUAACAUGUUUGAAUAGGCACUCUUUGCUAAACUCAUUUUCCUCUAUGUAUGAUGUCAUUUGUGAUGUAAAAUCAGGCAGGGGGACAUGAAGUGACAUUUAUAAUGGGUUGUAGCGUGACCAAGAAAGGGAAUGCAGUUCGGUCAUUUAAGAAAGAGAAUUAAAAGUCCCGUGGAAGAAUCAAUUAGAUUAAGCCAGAAAACAACUGUGGUGAUAGAGACUGCAAUGCACCCAAUGGCUUGCAUGACUUACUUGUGACAAAUGCAAUCCUGCACCAUUAAAGUUAAAAGGAACUUUGCUAUUGAUGACAAUAGGACCAGGAUUGUUCCUAAGUGUGUUGCUCUUCUGUGUAUGUUUGUGUGUGUGUGUGUGUGUGUUUAGGUCAGCCAGCAAUUUGAGGCUUAGAUGUAGUAGAAAAGAUAUAGCCACAGAACAUUAUUUUCUUCUAUUUUCUGCUAUGCUGUAUCUUCACCUUAUGCAUGCACACAAGUGCAAAAAUGCAGAUGUGUCUCUUAUGUUUGAAUAAUUCCUUUUGUAGCAUCCACAAGCAAAUUCCCCAAUGAUACUUAUGUCAAAAUUUUGAUGCCUUUAACAGACUAGGUUUCAGCUGCAUAUAUGCAGAUUUUUUUUUGCUUUCCCAGAUGUUUUUCUUGCACCCAAAUUCUGUGCAGACCUGCAACAUUGCACCCCUGUGAUGUAUGCAUUGGUCAGACACAUGCAAAAACAAAACCCAACCUAAGCUGAGUCAAGAAGAUAUUGCAUCACUGUGGGAAUCUCUGUUUACUUUUUCAUGUUUAUUUGUUUUGUUCAUAAAACUUAUCCCAAAAAUUACUUUGUGCAAACCAAGAGAUUUGCUGGGUUACAACCUAGAAACAGCUCAGUCUGUGCACUGGUGUUUCCUUACUAGUCCACACAAAAAUUGCUAAGGGAAACCUACGCAGAUGUGGUUUGCGUUAGUAGGCAUCCCUUUGUGAAUGUAGUUACCCACCCCCAAAAGAAAGAUGCACAAUUUUCAGAUGGUUUUAAAAACAAGGUUACAUUUAUUACAUUUAUUAAUUCCUGUUUGAUUAGCAACUCCUGAACAUAAAUGCACAAAUUAUUUCCACCACACCAUUCCCUCCACCCCAACACCUUUAUCUCCCUGCAGGAAUGUUGCUUUACACACUUCAUUCUUCGUUUUCUAAGCUGUAUAAAAAUAAAACUGUUGUGAAACUUGUGCAUCUACCUACUUGGAGGUAUUAGAAAGAAAAACACAUUUGACUUGAAUGACUGUUGUAGAAGAGCUUAGUUGUGUACGCACACUGGAAAUAGGUGUGAUGUGGAAAUUGGGUGCUGUUGUAUACAUAUUUCCCCUUAUGGUAUAGGUGGGAACUUCAGGCCUGGCCCUCAAAUCUCUCCCUAGGUUACACUUCUCACUAGCCCUGCUGCACACCCUGAAUGUUUUUCUCUGGCUGGAAUGUGUCCUAGAAUCAUAGAACUGUAGAGUUGGAAGGGACACCAAACGUCAUCUAAUCCAACCCCAUGAAGUACAAGAAUCUUAGCUAAAGAAUCCCUGGCAGGUGGCCAUCCAAUCUUUAUUUUAAAAACCUCCAAUGAAGGAGAGUCCACCACUUGCCAAGGUAAGCUGUUCCACUGUCAAAUAAAUUCAUACCGUCAGAAUGUUUAGUUAAGACUCUCCUUUAUUGUAAUUUGUAUUAUUGAACUCUGAUCAUGCCUCUUGCUUGUCUUGACAGGAUAGAGAGGGGUGUCUGAGUCUCUGUGUAGAAACAAGCAGAAUGUAGAAAGGUAAAAUUUGCAUUUGUUCCUCCACUCACUCUUGCCUCAGGUCCCUCCAACAACCAGCAUGGUCUCACUGUUUCCCUGGGGGCCACUGAAAAGACAAAACAGUGUGGGGAAGCCAUUCUUUGGCGCAAGAAGUGCUACUUGUUGAAUGGAAUGUCCACAUGUUUACCCUCCAAAGAGAUAUAAAUGUACAGCAACCAUUCCAUUUGGUGAAACCAAGUCCCUGCAAUGCACUUUAUGGAUGAGUGGGAAAAACAAGAAACCAAUGCUAUUAUUGCACUGUAUCUCUACGGUAUAUAAUACUGAUACAUUCAUCUGUUAAGAGUAAUUUAUUUUUAUUACUGUACAUAAAAUGUUGAAGUGAUUUGUCAAAACGAUACUUAAAAUUAUUUUUAAAAAGAUUAAAGAGAGAUGUUGACUUCUGGGGCAUUGUCUCUGAUAUGUGCCAAUAUACUUGUGUCUUUUGCUUUUUUAAAUUUGUCUUAAUAAAUGUCAGUAAUGAUCUUGUGCUUA